UGGACGGUGCGAGGAGUUACCUGGUCGCUGCUGUGCUUGCUCAGGCCUUUUCCCGCGUUGCCGAGAUACUUUCACCGUACGGUCCCUGCCAGUUUGGGGACCAGCGAGCUCCCCAGAUACCCGGAGGCUACCGCAACAAGGCAGUAGGACGUGGCUCCUCCGUGUGUGUGGUGGGGGUCGGGGCACUCACCCGAAUGGCUUAGAGAUGCCGGAUGAGCCCCCAAUUGUUGAUAGAAUUUAACCGUGUCGCAAAUAAAGACAAAUGGAGUAAAAAGUAACAUGGCAAAAAAAAAAGUUACUCGGCAAGGCAAACUUUACUUCUGGAGAAGGGUGCGGAGCCACCGUAAGUCGGUCUAGCAAACACAGAGCAGGAAGUCCACUCAGCUUUGAUCCCUAACGCGGGUUCCACUAUGUCAUACACUAUUGGCUAGAGCGUGACCUUACAAUCUAAACCGAUUGGCUAAUAAAAAAAAAGUAAGAUCCGCCUAGUUACAAGAUUAAGUAAGCUUUAAAAUGCGGUACUACUAGACAAUAAUGAGGAAGUAUGUUUUUGAAUUUGCUGUUCUUUGACAGAAAAGACUAGGACCUUUUCUAACAAGACGCAGCACAGAGCAACGGAAAACGCCAGGCCGUGGGAGUGGACCUGUGGUCACAUGGCAGCACAAGUCCCGGAGCGCACGGGCGGGGACGGGGAGAACCGGCGGGCAGGCUCUGUGCUCAAGGAGCUCCGUCCUAGUGGGGAACACUAAUCGAGGGGACAAGAUGACUUCCGUGGCUGAAAGUCCCAAGAAGAGAGCAAACCGGGGCGUCACAAGGCUGCGGGGAGGAGGUGCCCAGGGGCUGCUCCAGCACUAGGUGUAGGCGGAGGGCCCCGAUCUCCGGUGAGCCCUGCCCGCUAGGGAGACCGCUCUGAGGCCAGCUCGUCCGAGGACGACACCCGCGCCCCACCGGCCGACCUCAAUCCCAGCGCUGCUGCCCAGGGACGGGCCCGCUAGUUUCGCUGCGGGACGGUGGAGAACUACAUUUCCCAGCCUGCCUUUGCGACCCGCGGAGACCGGGCCUGCGACGAAAGAGGCCGCCGAGAGACUUGCGUCAUUUCCGCUGCGCAAGUGGCCCCACGUUCUGUAGUCGUGAGCGGAGACCUGGAACGGCGUCCGGUUUCCGGUUUCGUGCGACGGAAGUGGCGCGAGCGUGGCGCGCCGCCGCUCCGAAUGCGGAGCCGGGGUCAUGAUGUGCCGUGUCCUGUGUAUGCCGGCGGCCGGGGCCGUCCGGGCGCUGAGGCUAUUGCGCUGGGCUUCCCGAAGCCUGCAUCCGCCUCCCUGUGGCCGGGCCCGGGCCCAGCCCGCGGCCGAGGGCGAAGAAGACGACCCUAACCGCCCCAUUCUGUUUUCCUCCAGCAAAGCCAACCCGUCCCGCUGGACGGUGGAGCAUUCCCUGGGAGGGGAGCGGCAGCGGCCCUGGUGGAAAGUGCUGCCCUUCAGCCUGUCCCUCAUGUUUCUGGUCAUUUGGUGCUUCCUUAGGCAGGAGACCGGCACGGACCGCUGGGUCAGACAGGUGUUGGAAGAAGAGAUGCUGGAGGCUAGCAAUCGUUAUGAGGAAACUGCAACUCCAGCCGCCCACAGGGCGAGAACUUAAAAGGGUGCCUGUGGGUGGCAGGCAGCGAGGGACGAGGCAGCCGUCCUUAGGCUUUGACGUCGUGUUUGACAGUUUCUAUAGUGGUUAUGUGCGUCCCCAGACUAGAGGAUUUGGAUGGCACCUGGCCAAGCUGACCUGCGGGAAGGAGAGCAUAAUGUCAGCAGAUCCGAACCGGCUCCUUGCCUGAUACCUGAUGUCCAGCGAAUACAUCCGAAAGACUUUUCAGAUCCAUAGAAAACAUUUUGGUUGCAGUGUGUACUGUUGGAGUUGUGAUUUUGUACAUUAUCAUGUUUCCCAAGCAAUUCUGGUGACACUUGUAAUCCAUUGUAAUCCAGUUUGCAGGUUAUGUGCUUUCUGAGACAGAAUAACUGCAGAAAAGUUAAACUUUUUAUUUUAUAAAUGUACUGUGGUGUGUAUAUAUUGAUGUUAGUUUUACAAACUAACAAAUUGAUAAUAAAUUUUAAUCUGAUGUAGAA